AUGGGCUCGGUAACCGAUUUUUUCGGCGAAUUUUCACUGUUAACAUUUUGUUUCGACGCCGACCGGACGCCGUGUGCCAACACCAGCACGCCGUCCAACAACAACAUCGUCACAACAUCGUCACACCGACCAGACACCGUCUGCCGACAUCAGACUUAUCUUCCACCCAUUUUUGUUUCUUAUUGGAGGUGGUGGGAGGAAAGUGUUGAGGAGGUGGCCGGUGUUGUCAUUCCAACGGAUUCAACGACGGACAACACAUCAUUUGAGACCACAACCGUUGUACUGACAAGAUCCAGGCAUAGUGCCCGACAGGAAUGUGUGCGGCUUUAA